AUGCCCCAUCCUGUAGCACAGAAUGCUGCAGAGGGAGAUAAGGCAUGGGAACUCAAGGAUGACUUCAAGUACGCCCCAAAGCCGCCUGUCGGUGAUCCGUGGAAGGUUUUAUUGGACCCUUUGGUGGAAAAGGAGAAGCAUCGGUGUGACGCUUGGAACAACGAAAUACAGAAUCUUCUCAUUUUCGCUGGUCUGUUCUCGGGUUUGGUUACUGCCUUCAUCUCCCAAUCUUACAAGACAUUGCAACCCGACCCCAACGCCAAUCUUGUCAGCCUUCUAGCUAUCAUCGCUGAAGGUCUUAAUAAUUCCUCCAGCACAGCGGAAAAGGUGGCAUCGAUUGCGACUCAACCCUCAUCGACAUUCGUUCCGAGCAGUGCAGCUGUUCGCGUCAAUGUUUGCUGGUUCAUCAGCUUGAUACUCAGUCUUACAGUCAUCCUUUCAGGAAUCAUCGUCAUGCAGUGGCUCCGAGAGCAUCAGGCCUUCACUGGGCAAUCGUCAAGAGACAAAAUCGCAAUACUGAACAUGCGCAUUGAAGCUUUGGACAAAUGGCACGUCCAGGACAUCAUCACUACUUUCCCACUCUUUCUCGCUAUAGCCCUUGUGCUCUUCUUUGCUGGAAUGAUCGACUUUCUCCACAUGCUGGGAAAUAAAACGGUGCUCGUGUCAGUCGCAACUGUCAUAACUAUUUCAUUGGUGUUACUCAUUUUCACUACCGUCCUUCCGGCCCUUCAAUGCAUUCUUCUCUACAUAUGGCUUCUUCCCCAAGCGCCUCCCUCGCCUUGCCCGUACAAAUCUCCCCAGUCUGGUCUCUUUCACGCUGUCUGCUACUACACCUCAGACCUCCUGGCUAAUCAUUCUCAGCGUUUCCGCGACCUUGGUAAAAAACUGAGUUCGCUGUCCAAAUUGAACACCGAAAAUCAACAUGCGUUAUCCUACUUGUCGAAAACGUGGUCGAAAAAGACGUGGGCGGAAAUCGACCUGUGUUGGCUGUCAGUCCGGCAAGCAUGCGUGUGCUCCGAAACAGUGGAUGGUUACCACAAAUUCUUGUCCCACAAUGACUUCCCCCCACUAUACGACAUUUCAAAGACAUUCCGUGAUAUCGUGGAUGGGCUGAGAGUGGCGCCUGAAAUUUUGACCGCUGCAUAUCAUUGCUUUUAUGAGCUCUCGUCCCCGUUCACUCCAAGUAACCAUCCAAAUCGGAAACGAGGUGCGGUCGAACGUACCGAGUUGGACUCGACUUUCAAGCUGAUUGUGCGACGCAACCAAUUCCUUCAGUCGUUGAUGCGUCCAAACGUGGAUGCUUCUCAGCCUCAUCAUCACGACCUAUCCUCCAAUAUCAAUUUCGGAAAAGUCACAUUGCGAAUGGAAUUCCAUAGUUAUAUUGCCAUCUUGCACCACCAGAAUAUGUUCCUCAUCACCGACCGCCUUACAAAUUCUUACUAUGCGAAAGAAUUCCAUCAGCAUCGUGUAGAAUUAGGGCUGCGACUAGCGGACGCCUUUUAUUCUCGUUGGUAUCAUAUCGAGCAUAAUCUCCAGGAGCCGCUUCCGCCAUAUCUCAAGGGUGACCUAUUCGACCAACAUCGUUUCAGAAUACUAAGGAAUGAUAUCUCCGUUGCCGUUUUCCAACAAUAUGGCCAUGUUCUGACCACAUUCUUCAAAGGUGCGGCUGACUCGCACUACGAUAUUUCUCCGAACUGCCUUCUUAGCCAUCGGGGAGUCGCCGAAUUCUUGGAGAAGGCUGCUUGGGAUACAUUCCGCAUCAUGACUACCCUCAGCCUCGAGAAUUAUUCCGCCGAGGAUCGUGUUAAAGCCAUAACAAUCUUCCGAACCAUCAUGACCCAGAUAUCCUCCUCUCUCAACACGUCGCCUUCUACAAAGCAUCGCCAGCCGAAGAAUCCAAUCUAUCUUCUAUACCUCACUGGAAUUUAUGUUAGGCGAAUCAAUGCGCUACGCAAGCAGCCCGGACCAUGCAUGGACGACGCAGCCGUCAAUGAGCUGGAAGCCACCAUGUCUGUCAUGCUCGUGUACAAGAGCAACAUCGUCGACAUCGAAGAGGCAGGUAGCACACAUGACAACGCUCAGUUAUCCAAGCGCAGACUCAACGGCAAGGACCGCUUUGGAAGCGUGCAGAGGUUCUCCCCUGACUGGUGGUCUUUCCUGGAAGGUAAACACGAUACAAACAUUAAGGAUUCUGAGGCGUCUCCCUUCACACGUAUUUGGUGGGAGAAACGACGACCUGCUCCGGCGGUCGCCCCUGUUACUCCAGUUUCUACUCUUCCCCGUCAGUCGUCCUUGCACCCUUCGAGAGGUGUCAUUCGCAGUCCUCCCAUGCGACCGUCGAUUUCUACAACCACGCAGGGGACCUUACCGGUGUAUUCUGAGAAUGAUGAAAUAGGCCCACGCACUCCACGCACAGCCUCAUCUAUGACUGCGUCUUCCAGCGCUCUCGCGUUCAGCGAAAUUGUUCACACCAAAUCUGACAUACAGCAUUCUUCUGAGGGGCCUACUGCCGUUGAUCCUGGGCCCAAGCUCACAGCAUCGUCUGUACAGCAGUCGUCUGUGUUGCGGAUCGAUAAUUUCCAGUCGCUCAGUCUCUCAACUUUGAAUUCAGAGAGCCUAAGCCAUGCACCUCAACAACGUACAUCUGUUCUGAGCUCCACGUCAUCCAAGGAAGAUAAAAUUGAGAUGCUGGAAAUUGUACCUGCCUCUGCUGAGACUUUACAUCCGGUGCUACGUUCUGUUACGAGAACGAGGACGCCAGUUGAACGUGUCAAGUUUCCGGAUCCGAUAUACGAUCCUAGGUCUUUGUCUGAUAACCCUUACCCUCAAAACGGUGAUAACCGUCCAUCAUCACCACAGACAUGA